AUGGUCCAUUGUGUAGUUUUUAGCUUUGGCUGUAGACGCGAUUGGGACAAAGGGAUUGGAUUUUAUCAAAUACCAUCAGUUAUAAAGAAUAAGUCUGCCUUCGAAGAAGAAUUGACAAUAAAGAGGAAGGGAAAGUGGAUACAAGCAAUAAGUCAGGGCGACAUAAAAGCAAAAGACGUUCUCAAAAAUGAACGAGUAUGUGGCAAGUAUUUUGUGUCUGGAAAGCCGUCUCCUUACUGGGACAAGCACAAUGUGGAUUGGGUACCAACUUUGGAGCUCAAAAAGAAAAGUUAUGGCCGUGAGAUAGACUAUGAAGUGAGAGCAAAGAGGCAAGAAAGAGCGAAGAAAAGAGAGGAACAUGCCAUCAAGCAACAAGAACAUGAAGCAGCAGAGAAGCGUCAGAAACUCAGUGAAAGAAGUCUUCCUGUGGCCCAGAUUGACUUAAAUCAGCCAAUCACCUCCACAGAAGAAGAAAAAACUGGAAACGAAGAUGCCUUUUCCAGUGAUCUUACGGCAUGUGAUGAAGGCAAUGAGUCUGAUGAAAUCAGAACGAAAAUUAUAAGAGAUGCCAAGUACCAAGCAGACACAGAGUUAAAGGAUUUGGAAUGCCAAACCACUGAAUUAGAAUACAUGUUUCAAAAAAGCACAUAUUGGGCACCUGAUAUAGAUUUCUUUAACUCUGAUGAGAAGGUUUGCUUCUAUACUGGUCUACCUUCCUUGGAAGUACUAAUGGUUGUGUUUGACCAUGUAGCUUCACAUGUGAAAAAACAAACUCAGUCAAUCAAUAGGUUCCAAGAGUUUAUUAUUGUACUCAUGAAACUUAGGCUUAAUGUACCAUUACAGGAUCUUGCCUACUGUUUUGUUGUAUUGAUUUCAACUAUUUCAAGAGUAUUUUUCCAUUUGAUUGUGGUAAUGGACUAG